GACACCAACUCCACAUAUCUCUUUUUAUUUACACUCAGCUCCUCCAUUUGGCCUCCAACUCAGACCUCUUCCACCUUCUUCAACUGGGUCGUUGCUUUUUCCAUUCCAUGUCAUUGACCGCGUACCCAAAACACACCCACAAUCUCAUCAAAUAUACAACAAAGGCUCUCAAACUCUGCAGCAUUUCACAGAAUCCAGAACAAGAAAAUAUUUGAUUCCUCCAUCAUGGUUGCGUUCUUCUGCUGAUUUGUGGCCUCUGUUCUGUAGUGCAAGUCUUUUGCAAGAUGAUUUCAUUGUUUGAAUAUCAAGAGAGAUUGAAGAAUGGUUCGUCAAACUGAUUUAGUUAUCAUUGGUGUCUCUGUUGGUGUGGCCCUCGGAAUUCUGAUAUCUUGCCUCAUAUUUUUCGGCAUAAGGUGGUACAAGAAACGUGCUCAUCUUACACGAUCUUCACAUGAGCCUAGUCUAACAACUCUUCCCAUACGAACAAAUGGACUGGGAACAAGCACUGACUUUAGCGCAUCUCUCACCAGUUCUAUAACCACGCCAAGGUCUGAAAAUCUACAAAAAAAAUCUGCUUUCUCUUGGUGGAGUCAUCAAAACAAUGAUCAGUUUGCUUCACCAUCAGGGAUCCCAAAGUAUUCUUACAAAGAUAUUCAAAAGGCGACACAGAAUUUCACGACUAUCUUGGGACAAGGAUCAUUCGGUACAGUUUAUAAAGCCACAAUGCCAACGGGAGAGGUGGUAGCUGUGAAGGUGCUUGCACCCAAUUCCAAACAAGGGGAGCAUGAAUUCCAAACAGAGGUACAUCUGCUAGGAAGACUGCAUCACCGGAAUCUUGUGAAUUUGGUUGGAUUUUGUGUAGAUAAAGGACAGCGCAUACUGGUUUAUCAGUUCAUGAGUAAUGGAAGUUUAGCAAAUCUUUUAUAUGGCGAAGAAAAGGAGUUGAGUUGGGACGAAAGGCUGCAAAUUGCUAUGGAUAUUUCGCACGGAAUAGAAUAUCUUCAUGAAGGGGCAGUCCCACCAGUCAUACAUCGUGAUUUGAAGUCUGCCAACAUAUUGCUAGAUGACUCAAUGAGAGCUAUGGUUGCUGAUUUUGGGCUAUCAAAAGAAGAGAUCUUUGAUGGCCGGAAUUCCGGUCUAAAAGGUACAUAUGGUUACAUGGAUCCGGCUUACAUUUCCACGAGCAAGUUAACAACCAAGAGCGACAUAUACAGUUUGGGUAUCAUACUUUUUGAGCUCAUCACUGCCAUCCACCCUCAUCAAAAUCUGAUGGAAUACAUUAACCUUGCUGCAAUGGAUCAUGAUGGCAUAGAUGAGAUACUUGACAAGCAACUUGUGGGAAAAUGCAACCUUGUAGAAGUGAGGCAACUUGCUAAAAUUGCACAUAAAUGCUUGCACAAAUCACCUAAGAAACGCCCAUCUAUAAGUGAAGUUUCUCAGGGUUUAUCAAGGAUAAAGCAAAGGCGACUGCGCCAUGUUAUGGAGGAUACCUUGUCACUUGCAAGCAAUACCUUUUCAAGAGCUGUGAGUCGAUUCGAAGAUCGACAUGUUGAAUUAAGUAGGAUACCUACCACGAACCUUACAGAAACUGUAUGAACACAUUAUCUGGGGUGAAUGAAAAAUCUAUCUUUGUAGUCCA